GAAGAGGCAAAAGGAGAUUUCUAUCCAGCGAAGGAGUGUCCGCAGACUGCCAUCCACGUCGUCAACUGAGACCCGGUCCUACAGGCUCCAUCGUCGUCUGCUGAAUUGGACACAGAGUCCUCCACAGUGGUCAUGUAUUCGUCACACACACACUUGAGGCUGAAGUAUUUGUCUCUGGGGGUGCUGGUGUUGCAGACCACCUCGCUGGUGCUCACCAUGCGAUACUCCCGCACCCUAAAGGAAGAUGGUCCCCGCUACCUGGCCUCCUCCGCUGUGGUGUCGGCUGAGGUGCUCAAGAUCCUUGUCUGCACCUUCCUCGUCUUCAGGGAGAACAAUUUCAGUGUGCAGGCAAUGAAGCAGCUGCUGAAGGAGGAGGUUGUCAGCAAGCCCAUGGAGACUCUGAAGUUGGCCAUUCCUGCAGGGAUCUACACACUGCAGAACAAUCUGCUCUAUGUUGCCUUAUCCAACCUGGACGCAGCCACCUACCAGGUCACAUACCAGUUGAAGAUCCUCACCACAGCGCUGUUCUCCGUCUCCAUGCUGGGGAGGAGGUUGGGCCUCUACCAGUGGCUCUCCCUGCUCCUCCUCAUGGCUGGAGUCACUCUAGUGCAGUGGCCCACAGAGUCUGGUGACUCUGAGCAGACGGUCCUGUCGACAGGCUCCCAGUUUGUGGGGCUGAUGGCCGUGCUGAUGGCCUGUGUGUCCAGCGGCUUUGCAGGAGUCUACUUUGAAAAAAUCCUCAAGGAGACUAAACAGAGUGUGUGGGUCCGUAACAUACAGCUGGGUUUGUUCGGCUUUGUGUUUGGCUUCUCAGGAAUGCUAGUGUAUGACGGCCAGAGGGUGAGAGAGUCGGGAAUGUUUCAGGGCUACAACACUAUUACCUGCACCGUUGUUGUCUUACAGGCUCUGGGCGGGCUGGUGGUCGCAGUGGUCAUUAAAUAUGCAGACAACAUCCUCAAAGGAUUCGCCACUUCUCUGUCCAUCAUCAUGUCCACUCUCAUUUCAUAUUUCCUGUUGAAGGACUUUAAUCCAACUCGGGUGUUUUUCGUAGGGGCAGUGCUGGUUAUUGCUGCCACAUUUCUGUACGGCUACGAGAGCAAACCUGCCAGUGGCAGCACCAACCAGACAAACACCUCAGUGAACUCUGCUACCUGAAGAGACGCCGCCCAGGACAGCAUAGAGCGGGACUCUGUGAACUGUGACGGCCAGUUUGGCACGUGGAAAUUGAAAAUGUGGGAAAUGUGGAGAUAAUCAAACCGUUUACUGCCAAUUGACUCGCGACUGUUAAAACUGGAUGCGCCCCAUCUCUCCUGUAGGAGAGAAUACUGCUUUGCGCAAAAGAUGGGGGUCAGUAACGUGAAAUACAUUUUUCUCUCAUGAAACACUUACAGGUGAACUGUGGCGCUUGACAUGUCAACACACAUUGUUGCAGUAAAACAAACAUACUCUGUGACAGAACUGUCUAAUAAAAAUGUACCUGCAGUUUAAA